AUGAAAGCAAUUGCAUUUGACAAAGGUGACUUUUCCUACAAGCAGUUUUUCGCUUCUGGAUUGAAAGUUCAUGUGUACAAUGCUGAAAGCAUUAAGCCAUAUCUUGAAACAUUUAAGAAUGCAGGUUCAUUGAAGCAGUUGAAACACAAUAAUAUUCCUAUCAAUGUUGCGUACUUGAUUCACCCUAGAGACGAUGAUUACACUUUUACCGAGUCAAUUGCCUACAAUUUACUAAGCCAGUAUUAUGCUAAGCGUGGAAGUGGCGCUAGUACCACACCACUUGUUUGUGUUACUUUUGACAUCCCGAACCAUGGCUCGAGAGUUAUUGACAAACAAAUAAAUCAAACUUGGGGUGAAGGAAAUGAAACUCAUGGUCAAGACAUGAUAUCAAUUAUUGAUACUACAGUAGAAGAAAUUAAAUUGCUUAUGGAUUCGAUCCCCACUUACCUUAAUCCAGAGUAUGAUUUGGCCAAAUCAGCAAGGUUGGUCAGAGGAUAUGAAAAUACUGGCAUUGACUAUUUCAACAUUAUUAGUGGGUAUUCAUUAGGCGCUCAUGUAAGUAUCAGGUUCGCUGCCAAGUAUCCCACAUCUACUCACAUUAUUAACCCGGUGUGCGGGUGUAGCGAUUUAACCAGUUUAUUACUCAAUAGACUUCACAGAACUGAUAAGCUGGAUGAUUUGCAAAAGAAAAUGUUUUACUACUCAUAUGAAGAAUUGAAAAACCUUUCGGAUGACGAUAAAUUGAAAUUCUAUCCCGAAUCCUUGCACAAGCAUAUCAGUGAACAGGAUACUAAGAUUUUUGAGAAUUUGUCAAGUUCUAAAAUUAAAAUAUUCGCAGCCUUUGGAUCUGCGGAUGAUGUUGUACCACCUUCAAUAUCCUCGUUAUGGAUAGAUAUGUGCAAAAUAAACAACCAUUCAUCUAGAAGUUUCACACAAGAAGGAAUUAAACAUGAUGUGACCGAAGAGAUGGUGGAUAAUUUCACUAGCUGGUUGGUCGAGGAAGCGCCAUAG